AAAGGCAUCAUUAAUCGAUCGACGAUGCUGCGGUUCUGCUCUCACUAACGUUUUCCUUGUACGGGUGUUCCCCACCUUUGCUCUCUGCACUUCUCCGAUAACAGCCACAGCCGGCGAUCUGUUCGUCAUUUGGAGAGAUGGCAACAACAGUGAAACUGAACACCGGUGCACAGAUGCCCAUUGUGGGACUGGGGACGUGGAAGUCUCCCCCUGGCAAGGUUGCAGAGGCGGUGAAAGCAGCCAUCUCAGCGGGCUACAGGCAUAUUGAUGGAGCAUAUGUCUACCAGAAUGAGACAGAGGUAGGAGAGGGUGUCCAGGCCGUGAUCAAGGAUGGUAUAGUCAAGAGAGAGGAUCUUUUCAUUGUUAGCAAGCUGUGGUGCACUUUCCAUGGAAAGUCACUGGUGAGGCAAGCCUGUGAGAAGACUCUCAGUGAUCUUAAACUGGACUAUCUAGACCUCUAUCUAGUGCACUGGCCCAUGGGUUUCAAGGCUGGCGGUGACCUUUUUCCUGUGGACGGCACAGGACAGACAAUCAGUGAUAAUACUCACUUCCUGGAGACGUGGGAGGGGAUGGAAGAACUGGUGGAUGCUGGUUUGGUCAAAGCUAUCGGCAUUUCCAACUUCAACAAGGAUCAGACUGAAGCCAUUCUCAACAAACCAGGCCUCAAAUACAAGCCUGCCAACAAUCAGAUCGAGUGCCACCCAUACCUGACCCAGGAGAAGCUGAUCAACUACUGUCACUCCAAGGGCAUCACAGUGACAGCUUACAGCCCCCUGGGCUCCCCUGACAGACCCUGGGCUAAACCUGAAGAUCCCUUACUGCUGGACGACCCGAACAUCAAAGCCAUUGCUGAGAAGCACAAGAAGACCUCUGCUCAGGUCCUGAUCCGCUUCCACAUCCAAAGGAACGUGAUCGUGAUCCCAAAGUCGAUCACACCUCAGCGCAUUCAGGAGAAUUUCCAGGUGUUUGACUUUGAACUAACUGAGGAUGAAAUGAAGACUAUAUUGGGAUUUAACAGGAAAUGGAGAAUCUGUCCCAUGGAAUGUGGCAAGAAUCACAAGGAUUAUCCAUUUGAUGCUGAAUUCUGAAAG